CUGCAACCUACGACGUUAGCUAUUUCAGCAGGAGGACAUAUUGUGGCCGUCAAGAAACUCCUCCGCCAUAGCAAUUAUGAGUCCAACAAAGGUUGGCAUCAACGGUUUCGGCCGUAUCGGCCGUAUCGUCUGCAGAAAUGCCAUCGAGAAUAAUGAAAUCGAUGUCGUCGCUGUCAACGACCCCUUCAUCGAACCCCACUACGCCGCAUACAUGCUGAAGUACGAUUCCACCCACGGCCAGUUCAAGGGCGACAUCAAAGCCACAGAGUCCGGCUUGGAGGUCAAUGGCAGGGCCAUCAGGUUCUACGCCGAGCGCGACCCCGCCAACAUCCCAUGGCGUGACACAGGCGCCACCUACAUUGUCGAAUCCACCGGUAUCUUCACUACCACCGAGAAGUCCAAGGCACACUUGAGAGGCGGGGCCAAGAAGGUCAUCAUCUCCGCUGCCUCUGCUGACGCCCCUAUGUAUGUGCUGGGUGUCAAUGAGGAUACCUACAAGUCUGAUCUUGAGGUCGUCUCUAACGCUUCCUGCACUACCAACUGCCUGGCUGUCCUCGCCAAGGUCAUCCACGAUGAGUUCACUAUCGUUGAGGGCCUCAUGACUACUAUCCACGCCUACACCGCUACACAGAAGACUGUCGACGGCCCAUCUGGAAAAGACUGGCGCGGAGGUCGUGCCGCGGCCACUAACAUUAUCCCCUCUAGCACUGGCGCAGCUAAAGCUGUCGGAAAGGUCAUCCCAGCGCUUAACGGCAAGGUAACCGGCAUGUCUAUGCGUGUGCCUACCUCUGAUGUCUCUGUUGUUGACCUAACCUGCCGCAUCGAAAGGGGCGCUUCCUAUGACCAGAUUAAGGCAGCUAUUAAGAAGGCUGCGGAUGGUGACCUUAAGGGCAUACUCGCCUACACUGAGGACGAUGUCGUCUCCUCCGAUUUGAAAGGUAACAAUCACUCUGCCAUCUUUGAUGCCAAGGCCGGUAUCUCCCUCAAUGACAACUUUGUCAAGUUAGUCGCGUGGUACGACAACGAGUGGGGCUACUCCCGCCGUGUCGUCGACCUUGUCAACUACAUUUCCAAGGUUGAUACCGGUUCCAAGUAGGACAUUUCUUUCUUGGGUCCUGCAAGAAGUCUCUGAUUUGCAUUCUCUUUGUUGCAGCAACGUACUGAAAGGAAGGCCUUGAUGGGCGAGGAAUUAGACUAUACAGUGUGCGAGGAUAUGAUUCGGUUUGGCUAGCCUGUUCUGUAGCUUAUAAAUAAAUGGCAUGCUCUGAAG